AUGACAACGCCGGCGCCGCUCGAGGACCAGGCUCGCCUGCUCGAGGAUGCGCUGGUAGCCGUGAGGCAACAGACGUCGCUUAUGCGCAAAUGUCUCGACACUCCAGGGAAGCUCAUGGAUGCCCUGAAAUGCUGCUCUACUCUCGUUUCCGAACUUCGAACAAGCAGUCUUGGGCCAAAACAAUAUUAUGAGCUAUACAUGGCCGUUUUCGAUGCGUUGCGCUAUUUAUCAGUCCAUCUCCGCGAAAAUCACCCCGUCAAUCACCUGGCCGAUCUGUAUGAAUUGGUCCAAUAUGCUGGCAACAUCAUUCCUAGACUUUAUCUCAUGAUUACUGUUGGGACUGCGUAUAUGUCCAUUGAAGAUGCGCCUGUUAAAGAGUUGAUGAAGGAUAUGAUGGACAUGAGUCGCGGCGUUCAAUAUCCCAUCCGAGGGCUGUUCCUGCGCUACUAUCUAUCCGGUCAAGUCCGCGAUUUCCUACCCACGACAGACAGCGAGGGGCCCGAGGGUAAUCUGGGGGACUCCAUCAAUUUUAUACUCACCAAUUUUGUGGAGAUGAACAAGUUAUGGGUGCGUCUUCAGCACCAGGGUCACUCGAGAGAGCGGGAGCAACGAAUUCGUGAACGAAGAGAGCUCCAGUUGCUAGUGGGGAGCAAUAUAGUUCGAUUGAGCCAGCUCGUCGACCUUGAGACUUACAAAACGAGCAUUCUGGGGCCUUUGUUGGAACAAGUAGUCCAGUGCCGCGACGUUCUCGCUCAGGAAUAUCUUUUGGAGGUUAUCACACAAGUGUUCCCCGAUGAGUUCCAUCUCCACACCCUUGAUCAAUUUCUCGCCGCUGUGUCUCGGCUGAAUCCUCAUGUUAACGUCAAAGCCAUUGUCAUCGGUCUCAUGGACCGCCUAUCCGAAUAUGCCGACCGUGAAGGUGCUAAGACCAAGGGGCCAGAACAAGAAAAGGUCGAAGCAGCCGCACUAGCAGCUCUUCUUGAAAAUGUUCAGUUACAAAAGAAGUUCGCCCCUACCGCUGGAGUUUCGUCAAAGCCGGGUUCUGGCUCAGAGACAGACGUCGCCAAACUUUCUGCAUUUGAUGCAUAUUCUGCCACUCCUGGAGAUGAGUCAGACACGUCCACCACGGAUGAUGCGGCCACAAUUGCGGAAUCGACAGCCCCCUCAAAUGCUGAAAGCGAUACCACGGCGGUCAACGGACAAGAGGGCGAUGGUUCCCAUGUUCGGCUUUACGAAAUUUUCUUUGGUCAGGUUAAAAAUCUUGUCGAAGCUCAGCAUUUGCCCAUUCAAGACAUUUUCGCACUUCUCGUUUCUCUCUGCAAUCUGGCGCUGAAUAAUUAUCCUGAUCGACUGGACUAUGUUGACCAGAUUUUCGUCUUUGCCGCCCAAAAGACUCGGGAUAAUAUCAACAACGCCGACUUGCACUCACCUCCUGCCCAACAAAACCUCCUGGCUCUUUUACAGGCACCGCUAUCACGAUACGUCUCAAUCUUCACGGCUCUUUCCCUGCCCACCUACGUCCCUCUUUUCAAGUGUCAGUCAUACUCGAUUCGUCGUGCUAUUGCCGGAGGCAUCAUCAGGACACUUCUUAAAGACUGUACGAAGAUAACGAAAACAGAACAGUUGGAACGUGUCCUGGAAAUCAUGUCAGUUCUUAUCAAGGAGGGUUUACAGGCACCUCAAGGAUAUCCGGGAACCUCACAGAGACGCUCAGUAGAGACUGACGAGUCCGUGGAGGAGCAAGGCUGGCUUGCACGUAUGGUACAUUUGCUUCAAGCUGAGAAAAACAACACCCAGUUCAAGCUACUACAAAUGACACGCAAGGCAUACGCCGAAGGUGACGAUCGUGUGCGAACUACUACACCACCUCUAAUAACAGCCUGCAUCAAAUUAGCGAAGAGGUUCAAGUUGAGAGAGCAUUAUGACGAUGACUGGGAAACUCAGAGCAAUUCACUGUAUAAAUUCAUGCAUUCGGCGCUAAGCGACCUGUACGCUCGCGUGAAUGGACCUGGUGUUGCAGAACUGGCUCUUCGUUUAUUCUGCAGCGCUGGACAAACAGCCGAUAUGAAUGGGUUUGAAGAGGUGGCGUACGAGUUCUAUGCCCAAGCAUUCACAGUGUACGAGGACGCCGUGUCGGACUCCAAGGCACAGUUUCAAGCUGUGUGUGUCAUCGCUUCUUCUCUUCACCAGACGCGUAACUUCGGCAAAGAAAACUACGACACACUUAUCACUAAAUGUGCUCAACAUGGAAGCAAACUGCUACGGAAGCCUGACCAAUGUCGGGCGGUAUAUCUGGCCAGUCACCUUUGGUGGGCUACUCCGAUCGCAUCCAACGGAGAGACAGACGAAACAGAGCUAUAUCGAGAUGGAAAGCGCGUAUUAGAAUGUCUGCAGCGCGCUCUUCGUGUUGCUGACUCUUGUAUGGAAACUGCCACGUCAAUUGAGCUGUUUGUGGAGAUCUUGGAUCGUUAUGUCUACUACUUUGACCAACAGAAUGAAUCCGUUACUACAAAGUACUUGAAUGGGUUGAUUGAGCUCAUCCACUCAAACUUGGCCGGCAACCAACAGGAUUCUAGUGCUGUUGAAACUAGCAAAAAACACUUUUAUCAAACGUUAGAAAAUAUUAGGAGCAGGAUGUAUGAAGGAGUGGUUCUUAGUCCAAGUUAA